UUGGAACACGUCAUCCACAGACGCCGGAAAAGGCGCAAGCUGAAAGUUCAUCAUCGAGCUGAGGUGGCUUUAUUAUUGGAGCGAGUACUACCUGUUCGUGUCUGUCUCCCUCGACGAAUGAGGUUGUUAUUGUUGAGUACUGUCACGCCAGAGGUUCUCAGGUUUCGAUUGAUUGAGUGGACGGCACUGCUAGCUAGCCACCACCCUUUUCCAUUACUAGCUAACAUCGUUCUCGCUUAAGGCGCUCAAACACUCCGCUUAUUCGACGCCAUGGACCCCGUUGGUCAAGACAUCAACCUGAACUCCCCCAACAAGGGCCUGGGCCCCGCAGGAGGAGUAGACUCCCUGACGGGUGUCUCCGUGGAGGGGGGAGCCAUGGGAGUGGCAGCCGUCAACACGCUGCCCCCAGGGCUCACAGAGGAAGAGGCCGAGGAGCUCUACUCUGAGCUAACCAAGGUGGAGGAGGAGAUCAGCACCCUGAGACAGGUGCUCCUGGCCAAAGAGAAACAUUCUGCUGAUCUGAAGAGGAAGCUGGGGCUGAGCCCGCUCAACGAGCUCAAACAGAAUCUCACCAAGGGGUGGCAGGAUGUCCAGACCUCUAAUGCCUAUGUCAGAACCACUGAGAAACUUGGCGAGUGGAAUGAGAAAGUUACCGGUUCAGAGUUAUAUCUUACAGCGUCUGCCACUUUGGAUGACAUUGCCCAAUCUGAAGCGUAUAAGAAGACUUCCGAGACCCUGUCUGUGGCUGGACAGAAGACCACCGCUGCCCUCUCCACCAUGGGCACUGCCCUCAGCAGGAAACUGGGAGACAUGAGAGCGCUGCCUUUCUCAAACUCCUUUGGUAGCAACUACUCCAUCCGCCAAUCGAUAAGUAUGCCAACGAUGAGAAACUCUCCUACCUUCAAGUCGUUCGAGGACAAAGUUGGGAACAUCAAGUUGGGCUGAUUGGUGUCCCUGCACUGCAGCACAGUACAUGGUGGUUGGACCCAGAGGUAACGGAAAAGCUGUCCAGUCCCCGACCGAAACGAACCCCGUUCAGGACCACGCACCCUUCUGAAGAUUCUCCUUCCUCUCUUAUCACCGGGGACUGUGACGACGACAUCACUGAGUGACCCUUGACCUGUGACAUCACCCUCCACACCAUAUGCCAUUACUCACUACCGCCUCCCACCUCAGUUACCUAUGGGCCCUUGGCUCCUAGGCCCUUGUGGAGAUCUGAUAGGUGUAAGCAAUACAGCAACAAUUCCACCUAUCCUAUGAGAAGGUGGAGCCACUACCAUAUUGUUGAAACCUAUCAGAUUCUGAUGAUUUGUUGCCAGAUUGCUUGCGCCUAUCUAGUCAAUUUCAGCUCUACACAAGUGCCUCGGGAGUUAUGGGCUAAGGGUCGAUCUAGAAUCUCCCUCCUCGCCUACUAAAAGCAUGUGCAUAUCAUCUCAAUCGACCGCAAAGGACAACAGGUUACACAACAUCAAAUCACCACCGCUUGUAAAACAAACAACAACAAAAAACUGUUAAACCAUUUUUGUAUUAUAACUAUUUUACACUGCUUUGCAUAAUGUUUUUACAUAACUUUUAUCUAUAUGUAAAAUAGAUAUGAAUAGAUAUAUUGUAAACAAUACUGCAAGUCGGCAUUUAUCAGUAGGUAACGCGGAUGGAGAGUCUCGGAAACACGAGUGUAAAAAAAAAAAAAAAUGUCCAAAAGGAGAAUAAAAACACUAUGAAUACAACAAGGAUCUCUGUUUUGUAUCCUGCUGGGCAUUUACUUCAGUUUAUUUUCUACACUGACUAGAAUGUGAAGCAAUGCUUUGCUGUAUAGCUACCUGGCGAAAUGUAGAAACUGUCUUUUAGCCUUUUAUUCUUUCACUCGUUACUUUGUUUACUUUGCUGGUAGAAAAGUUUAUUUUGGUAUUUUUUUUCUCUCCCCUUUUUUUUUUAAGGUGUGGAAGAGGGUUUUAAAGGGGAGGGUUUUUAAUCACUGUGUGUAGGCUCACUGCUAAUGUGCCACAUCUGAAAUGAUCUACUGUGAAAUACAGUCCAGACAUUCUGACAUUUUAUUAUAUGAAGAAUUGUCCCCAUGCCCCAGAACUAAUCCCCCACCGUGUGUGUGUAUAUAUAUAUAUAUGCACACAACAUACACUCCCACAGACCCUGACUUAUGUCACUGUUAUGAUCACCAACUGUUUUAGCCAGUGUGGACUUUUUAACACGGAUGAUCAACUAGCUGUAACUUAUCCAACCACAACCUUCAAACACAACCAUCAACAGCUGCAGUUGGUUUGGUAGCACAGUCACUUUUUUGUUAUUUUCAACAUGAAGUACCUAUUUUAGAUUUUUUUUUUGUUGCCUAAUUUAGUCUUUCUAUCCAUGGGAUGUUCAUUUUUCCUUUUAUCUAUCCUACUUAAGUAUUUUUACUUUUUGUGUCGGUUUUGUGUUCAUUUUUAGUAGUCAUAAUUGGGUGAUGUAUUUUAGAUUUUUCUCUUGGGUGGAGUAUAAGAGUCAUUUUGUAUUUAAGUGCCAUCUGUAAAUUUGUUGAUUUAAUAAACCUGCCUGUUAGGAUUCUCUUGAGAGAAAUCUAAAGUGUAGAUUUAUUAGGAUGCCAAUUUAGCUGUUGGACAUGCAGCAGCUACUCUUCCUGGAGUCUACAUAAAACAAAAUAUAUGACMGAGUACAGAACCGUUGUAGACGAGAACAAGAUUAAUAUUACAUUAAUAAAAUAAUACAGAUACUGGUUUCCCAGACCCAGAGAAUCUCCAAUUGAGAAUACUUUUUAGUCCAGGACUGGUCUUGUUGGCAGACCGGUCCUCACAGGCAGCCCAAUUCUGAUAUUUUGGGCAAUUAUUGUUAAAAGAUCUGAUUGGUCAAAAGACCAAUUAGCAGCAAAAUAUCAGAAUUGGGCUGCCUGAGUAAACACCGUUUUAAAUACAGUAGGUUUCUAUUGUCUCUGGUUAUGACAUGGCAAGGAGAAAGGCAUAUGUAGCUUGUGUAGAGCUGCAAAUACAUGUUUGGGUCAAAUGUACAUUUUUGCAAAGGGAUGAAGGAAUGAAUAUAUAAUUGCUAUAGGACGUGAGCCUAAUUGUAGACAUUAAAGGGAUCAGAUAGGUGAAUGUUGGCUGAAUAAAAUAAAAAGUGGUUUGUCGUAUGUUUUGGAUUUCAAUAAAGCAUUCCUUUAAAGGAAA